ACUCACUUGCUCUCUUAAGCAUCAGCAACAAAGAAAGAAGAAAAACAAUCGAAAGCUUUAGCUUCAGCCUCAACACACAUAAACACAUGGCAACCUCUGCUAUUCAACAAUCAGCAUUUGCUGGACAGACCGCCUUGAAGCAAUCCAAUGAGCUUGUUCGCAAGGUUGGAGCUUUUGGAGGUGGCCGUGUCACCAUGAGGAGGACUGUCAAAUCUGCUCCCCAAAGCAUCUGGUACGGCCCAGACCGCCCCAAGUACUUGGGUCCAUUCUCUGAGCAAACCCCAUCGUACCUGACCGGUGAGUUCCCCGGUGACUAUGGAUGGGACACUGCUGGUUUAUCAGCUGACCCUGAGACAUUCGCUAAGAACCGUGAGCUUGAAGUUAUCCACUGCAGAUGGGCCAUGCUUGGUGCUCUUGGUUGUGUUUUCCCUGAAAUCCUUUCCAGGAAUGGUGUGAAGUUCGGUGAGGCAGUUUGGUUUAAGGCUGGUGCUCAAAUCUUCUCAGAAGGUGGGCUUGACUAUCUUGGCAACCCCAACCUCAUUCACGCUCAGAGCAUUUUGGCCAUUUGGGCUACCCAAGUUGUGCUCAUGGGCUUUGUUGAAGGAUACAGAGUUGGUGGAGGCCCACUUGGUGAAGGACUUGACCCACUUUACCCUGGUGGUGCUUUUGACCCACUUGGAUUGGCUGAUGAUCCUGAUGCAUUUGCUGAAUUGAAGGUUAAAGAGAUCAAGAAUGGGCGCUUGGCUAUGUUUUCCAUGUUUGGAUUCUUCGUCCAGGCUAUUGUUACUGGAAAGGGUCCUAUUGAGAACCUCUUCGACCAUAUUGCUGAUCCAGUGGCCAACAAUGCCUGGGCUUAUGCCACUAACUUCGUCCCCGGAAAGUGAAGAAGCUCAAUAGACUUUAGUGUAUCAAUUUAACAUUGCUCUGUGUGCUUUUGUUGAAACUAUCUAGUUGUGGACUUUAUCAAUAUCGAUGUUAAAUUAAGUUUUCUUGUUUUUCCUUC